GCUAUGGAGGAACCCAUGAUUCUGAUAGGGAGAAGGUAUUCUGGGGAAAUGAAUUCAUAUUAGGUAUACUCAGAUCCUCAUAUGAGCAAUAUGACAGAGCACAAAUCUAA